AUGUUUAUAACCUGUGCUAGUAUUCCAAGAGCAAGCCUUUUCAUGGCUCCAGAGCUGACCUUUAAAUCUGAGGAUAAAAAUGAUGCUCAAUUCAUGGCUUGUCAGGUAAAGAGGAGCUGGAGCACUUGGGAAAGGGGAAAAAGUGAAGCAGGCCUUUGCUUCAGCCAGAGGGUAGUGACUGUUCAGAAAGGGCCUCUUUACCGGGUGAGAGGUUACAACAUCACCAUUGCAUGCAAUGUGAGUGGCUACCAGGGUCCCUUGGAGCAGAAUUUCCAGUGGUACAUUUACCUGCCCUCUGCCCCAAAUCAAGAAAUACAGAUCAUCAGCACCAAGGACCCCUCCUUCUUUUAUGCCAAGUAUGCACAGCGUGUCCGGAGCAAAGAGAUCUAUGUGGAGAGGCUCCAAGGAGAUUCUGUCCUGCUGCACAUCACUGAGCUCCAGGACCAGGAUGCCGGAGAGUACGAGUGCCACACGCCCAACACCGACGAGAGGCACUUUGGGAACUACAGCGCCAAGAUGCACCUAUCGGUGAUUCCAGACACUCUCUCGGCCAGUAUGAGCCCCCAGACUCUGGACCAAAUGGAAGGAGAUCCACUGGAGCUUACAUGCGAGGUUUCAAAAUCUACUGCUCAGCACACCCACCUGUCUGUUGGCUGGUACCAGAUAGCCAGAGAUGGUCAAGUCAUGGAAAUCCUUUCCCUAUCCAAGGACUUUGUGCUGUCUCCAGGAUCUUCUUACAGGCAGAGGUUUUUGUCAGGGGACGUGCAGCUGGGCAAGAUCGGAGACACCACAUACAAGCUCUCCAUCAGCACAGUGAGACCCUCUGACCAGGGCCAACUGUACUGCGAGGCAGUGGAGUGGAUUCAGGACCCUGAUAAGACAUGGAAAGAUAUUUCUCGGAAACAAACCGAACAGACAUUGCUGACUGUCACAAGCCUUGAGAGGGACUUCCAUGUCAGUGCUGCUGCUAGUGAAAGUUCCCUUGCUGAAGGGAUGCCGUUGCAGUUAAAUUGCCUUGUGAAUUCACAGAACAGCAAGGACAGAUGGUUCCAAGUAAUUUGGCUCUUUAAAGGAGUAGAGGUAGCCAGAAUUGACCCAAAUGGGGUACUUGUCUUGAAGAAUGAGUAUGAAGAGAGAGCUAGAUUGGGACAGCUCCAACUGGUCAAGAAAAGCAGUGAAAUGCAUGUCUUCAAUAUCUAUCAGGUAGGGCUGAAGGAUAAAGGCACGUACAGCUGCGAAGUUUCAGAGAAGGAAAAGACGCCUACAGGUUUCCUCACCAUCCGCUCUAAGCCAUCACCAGGCACUGAUGUCAAUGUGAAGCCAAUAGAAAGCAACCUGCAAGUGUCUGUGUUCAGCAAUGCGAAGCAAAUAUGGGAAGGAGACACUUUGAUCUUUCGCUGUGAAGUAAGCGGAGCGAAAUACCCUUUGUCCGUGAACUGGUGGCAUCUGAAAAAGAGCAGAGAUCAGGCAGAACUUGUAGCUGGUAUGGACCGGGAUGGCAAACUGAGCCUGGGCCCCUCCUUCCAGGAGCACAGUGCUCAGGAGAACCUCAGACUAGAAAGGGUGGGUCCUACCACGUUCAUCUUGGCCAUAUACAAGAUUUCAGCUAUCAGUGACGGAGGACCUUAUAAAUGUGAAGUGACAGAGUGGCAUACUGACAGAAGCUGGAAACAGGCCCAAGAAACCUCUGUAGUGGUUAAUCCUCUCAAUUUGACUGCUGUGCUGACAGCCCGAACAGCAACCAUCAAAUUGACGCAAGAUUUUGAACUCUUCUGCACCGUCUCUGUUGCUGACAAAGCACCAGUAUCUGUCACUUGGCAAUUUCUUCCCACCACAGAGAAGGGCAGCUAUCAGCAACUAGUCAAACUCAUGCCUGAUGGCACCAUCAAAUGGGGAACUACCACACCGCACUUUCAGAGGAAGACCAAACUCUCAAAAUCUACAUCUUCUUUCCAGCUUGUAAUCCACAGUGCCACAGAGCAGGAUGAGGGGAGAUACAGGUGUGAUGCAGAAGUCUGGAGGAAAAGCUCACCCCCAGCAGGACUUCCAGCUGCUGCAGUGAUGUCUAAUGCCGUGGCAAUAAAGGUUAAUCCACCAGAAAGCAAGCUAGAACUAGACACACAGAAAAAAUCCCUAGACAUCUCUGGAAGCACAGCUGCAGAAAUCGAAUGCAGAGUCCUAUCACAGACCCAGAGGGAUUCUCAGUUAACAGUCGCCUGGUACUUCCUACAACCUCCUCCAGCAGAUGCAGCCCCACUCCAGAUCAUGAGGACCAACCUCAGCAACAUUAUUGACUAUGGGACAGAGUUCAGCUCUCCACGGCAGAAAUCCAGAUUCUACAGUGAGAGGGUCUCUAAUGACCUAUUCAGGCUACAUAUUCUGUCUGUGAAUCAUGGUGACCAUGGCAGGUAUUACUGUGUUGUGGAGGAGUGGCUCUGGCUGGCUGGUAGUGGCUGGUACAAAUUUGGAGAGAAGGAAUCAGAGAAGACCACACUGGAAUUCAAGCUUUCAGAAAAUAAACUGCAUGUUGAAAAAACAAACCACACCAUCUCAUCUACAGAAAAUGAGGAUGUGACUAUGAACUGCAUUGCGCAGAGCUCAAACCAACAAGCAUCUCUCUUGUCUGUUGUCUGGUUUUACAAGUCCAAACACUCUGGGGGAAAACCCCUUGUGAAGGUGCAUCCCAAAGGCAUGGUGGAGAUUGUCGAGGAGAAUAUGGCAGGGAGGCUGCAGUUCCUCCGCCCAUCCUCUGGUGACUUCAGUCUCGUGAUGAGGAAUGUGGAGCUGGGUGACAGUGGUGUGUACUACUGCCAGGUGCAAGAAUGGCAGUACAAGAACAGCAAUGGAGCGUGGGUUCAGCAGGCCUUGGAGCUGUCGGGGUACACAAGUAUGACAGCACUUCCUCCAGAUGCUAACCUGCAGGUGCAUACGAGAGACUCAGCAGUUGUGCUACAAGAGGGCUGGGAGGAAGACAUCCACCUAGACUGCAAUUUCACUUCCAAGCUGAACAGCAAUAGCAGCACCGCCUUCUCUGUCAAGUGGUGGAGAGUGACUGGAGCAGGAAGGGAAGAACUAGUCAGUAUAAACCACAGCUCUGUGUUUCAGUAUGGCCCUGCCAUCAACAGCAGUGUCAGGACCCGGCUGAGGUUUGAGAGGCCCGGGAAGCUGCAAUAUAGGCUGAUGCUGCUGAAGCCUGAGGUGUCUGACAGCGGUGAUUAUUACUGUCAUGUGGAGUUGUGGAUGCUUGGUCCUAGGAGAGUCUGGUAUAAAAGGAGUGAAAGGCACUCAGGAAACAACACUGUGUUGAUUCUACCAUCAGAGUCUACAGUUUCUUCCAGGAUCUGUUCGUCACCAUCACUGCUGCAUUUCAUCCUAAGUUUGCCUCUGAUUCUGUUCCUUAUCUUGACUGCUGCUCUACUGUACCUGUAUGUCAAAUUCAGGCAGACUAACAAAUCACCUAUCCCAUCAAAGGAAGAAAGAAGCCUGUGGGUGGAAAUGGAAACGCCUGAAGACGCCAUGGCAGUGUAUUCUAGUCACAAUAACGAAUGCAGUAACAAUCAGAGGGAGGAAGAGUUGAGUAAGCUGAAGGAGGGUGAGAUGGAGUGAGAGCUCGGGGUGGUCUAUGUUGUGCAUCACUACAUGGUAUGACCCCUUCAAUAUGCAUGUUUCCAUUGUAUCACCUUCCAGUGGAAAAGCCAGAGAGUGACAUGGACUGGACUGGCUGGCUCAGGGAACAGGAACCUGAGUUAUAGUGCUUUUUGUUUCUCUAUCUGCCUAGCUACCCAUAUAUCUUUAUGUUGCUAUCUGUUCAGUAUUCCUCUCCGGCUUGUACUGUCCAAAGGCUGGUGCUACUUGUAAGCCACGUGGGGCUGGAGCUGCCUGUGCUUCUAAAGGGCUGAGCACGUAGCAUGUAACAAAUGAAGAAACUGAGCUACCCCAGAGCCCUACUGGCAGUAUUUCUGCUGCUGUGGAGCUCAUAAUGGGCUGCACUGAGUCUUUGGAAAGCAGUGUUCACAGCCAGUCAGGCAUGCUCCUGGUUAUGCAGCACAAGACAGAAGUGCGAGAUCCCAGUGGCCUUAACCAAAUAUUGAGCACAUCUAACUUCUCUGUUGACUGAAUGGACACAAUGAGCCCACAGAACUGUGAUCUUGGGAUACUCCCCUCAUAUGAGUGGUGGUGCCUGCUCUACUGGCAGUAAUCCUGCAAUUCCCUGCACUACAGCUCCUGUCAAUUCUUACUGGAGUGGAAUCAACAGGUCUUCGUUGUUAUAAUAGUCCCCUUAAAACUGCAUUCUUCAAACCACACAGGCCAACCAGUGCUAAAGCUGAAUAAGGAUUUGCUGAUUCAAAAGGCUAGUGCAACUGGAACUGAGACACGCCCCC